AUGAACUACACCAAUGUAGUAGAGGAAUCUGACUGUGAACAAUUUUUGAAAGAUUUUCAAAUGAGAAGAAAACUAGAACAUCGUAUUACACUAAGAAAAUUGGUAAUGUUCUUUGCAUUGCUAACAUUAUUUGGUAUUAUAUAUUUUGGAUAUUUUUGUUCGGAUAACCGUUGCUCAUUGUCAUACAAUCCUAAACCAGCAAUUUAUUCAGAAUGGACCAUAAUGAAUUUACUUUCAACCAAUAUGACAGGUAAAUAUUUUAAAUAAUAUAUAUUUGUCCACUUUAUUUCCAAUAAAAUAUUGAUUUUAUUUUAGACUUUAAAAGUGCCAAAAACACAGAUACAGGAGUUAGUUACAAGGAUAUGCAGAGUGAAAACCAAUUACGAUUUGACAUGAAUGCACAUGAUGUUAUGGUUUUUCUACAUAUACAAAAAACUGGAGGCACAUCAUUUGGACGUCAUCUUGUUCAAGAUUUAGACUUACAACGGCCAUGUACAUGUCAAAGGAAAAGAAAGUUAUGUUAUUGUUUUAGACCUAGCCGAAAUGAAAACUGGCUUUUUAGUCGAUAUUCUACUGGUUGGAAAUGUGGACUUCAUGCUGAUUUUACUGAAUUAACUGGGUGUGUUGAUUCUGAACUCGAUAAAAAUGAAGGAAAGUCUAUAAAACGAAGGUAGUUUAAUAAUUUUAACUAAAUAAAUGAAAUUGUUCUAAUAUGUUUUACUUAUAGAUAUUUCUAUCUCACUUUACUAAGAGAUCCAGUUAGCCGUUACCUCUCUGAAUAUAAACAUGUACAGAGAGGUGCUACAUGGCGAAUGUCUAGACAUUGGUGUGGAGGUCGACCAGCAUCACUCGAAGAAUUACCAAUGUGUUAUAAUGGUACAUUUUGGACAGAUGUAACACUAAAUUCAUUUGCAGAUUGUCCAUAUAAUUUGGCUGCCAAUCGGUAAUUAGAAUAUUUAAUAUUUUAAAAAAAGUAUUAAAAUACAUAUUUUUUAGACAAACAAGAAUGUUAGCAGAUCUAUCUUUAAUUGGUUGUUAUAACUCAUCAUAUAUGAAUCAAGAAGAACGAAACAGGGUUAUGCUAGCCAGUGCUAAAAGAAAUUUAUUAUCAAUUGCGUUCUUUGGACUUACUGAAUUUCAAAAAGUACUUAAACAAUAAAAUGCAUUCUUUUGGAAACAAAUUUAAAAAGAUAUAUUGUUUUCAGUUAAAUCAGUACAUAUUUGAAGAAACUUUUAAUUUAAGAUUUGCAGUCACAUUUACACAACACAAUGCAACUCUUUCAGCUGUUUAUAAAUCACUAUUAAAUAAAGAAGAGUUAGAAAAAGUAAAAAGAAUAAAUGCUUUAGACAUUGAACUAUAUGAGUUUGCAAAGCAUUACUUAUUUCGGUAUUAUAUAUGUUAUUUAAAAUUUAGUGUAAUUUUUUUUAUUAUUAUUAUUUUAUUUGUAAUAGUCGUUUUGAAAAAUUACGAACCAAAAACUCAAAUUUUAAAGAACGAUGGACACAUUUAGGCCAAUUGCCAAUUCAGACAGCAUUUGACUGGGAAAAGGAAGUAGAGACUGAAGCUGCUGAUAACGAGGUAAACUAUACGUAA